UCUAAGAGGGGGUUGGGGCCGUGGGAGUGGAAAUUCAGUAAGUGAUAUCAACAUCAGCCCUGUUUAAUGCUGCCGAAUGCUGUAUUAUAAGAAACUGGUCCUCAAUUCCUGUAAAAGGAGUAGAAAUAGGACCAACUGAGGAUUUGAUGAAGGAAAGUCAAUUUUUUGCAUUUUUAUAUUGAUGAUGCAUCACCAAGGAUUGGUUUGAGUGAAUUUGAAGAUGCUUCUGGGACACGGUAAAGCAUUAGAGGCAUGAUUCAAGACCUGCAGAAAAGUCAUUAUGUCAUGUAAUAUUACAAUGGAUGUGGUAAUUUGUAGAGCUGAUUACGGAGAUAAUAAUGCGUAGCAGGUUUCAAGUGCUUGGGAUUUGAGAUCUGCUAAUUCCAGGAUACUGCUGUAACUUGUGUAAUUAUAUCCAUAGAUUCACGGAUUUGAACCCACGACAUAUCGCUUGGGUUGUAGUAUACUCGUCAAAUCUUUCUUUGUUCCUUGUUAGUUCUACUCCUAACUUAGAAAAAUGAAAUUGCUCAGUUUGGUGAUACUCCUGCAAAUUUAUUAUUUUUUCUCUUUUACCUUGGCCAUGUUACCUCUCUUUGCCCAAAUAAUAUGUAGAAAUACCUGAUCUUUGCUGUCUUUCUCAGCCACGAAUACUGAUGGCAAUGGCUAGAGAUGGAUUGCUGCCUUCAUUUUUUUCGGAUGUGAGUAAACACACCCAAGUUCCUGUCAAGAGCACUGUAGUGGCUGGUUUGAUUGCUGCAAGCUUGGCAUUUUUCAUGGACGUUGAACAGUUGGCAGGGAUGGUUAGUGUGGGUACACUUCUCGCAUUUACAAUGGUGGCAAUAUCUGUGCUGAUACUUAGAUAUGUUCCACCGGAUGUGGUUCCACUUCCACCAUCCUUUCAGGAGGCAAUAGAUUCAGUGUCAUUGAGAUAUAGUAGUGCUACUGGAGACAUUGAUGUGGGGAUCACAGAAGUAAAUGUUGGGACCUCUGGGAAAAGUACUUCACUUUUACUUGGCAAGGCACAGGCACAAGAUAGAUAUCCCCUUAUAGCCAAAGAAACAGAUAAAGUCUUGGUAAAUGACAGCAAUAGGCGGAAGAUUGCUGGCUGGACCAUUAUGCUUACAUGUGUUGGGGUGCUUGUUCUUACAUCUGCUGCUUCAAGUGUGGGCCUCAUUAGUCUGCUUCGAUUUACUCUUUGUGGAAUUGGUGGUGUUCUUCUUUUAACUGGUCUUAUAGUGCUCACCUGUAUCAACCAAGACGAUGCGAGGCACAACUUUGGGCACACAGGAGGUUUCAUUUGCCCUUUCGUUCCACUUCUACCCAUUGCUUGCAUUCUCAUCAAUGUCUACUUACUGAUUAACCUCGGGGCUGCCACUUGGACCCGUGUGUCGAUAUGGCUAGUAUUAGGGGUAUUUGUUUAUGUGUUCUACGGCCGGACUCACAGCUCACUGAUGGAUGCAGUAUACGUGCCUGCAGCGCAUGUUGAGGAGAUUUACCGCAGCUCUGCAAACACUCUGGCAUAGUUGUCUUUGGAUCCUUGCUAAUGUUAAGCCAUAAUUUUCUUUCCUGUAAUAUAUUAUAUUCUUUGUGUUGUCUGUAAUUCAUCUGCCCAGAAAGAGGGAAAAGAAGAGAGAGAGAGAGAGAGAGAGAGAGAGAGCAAACAGAAAAAAUAAUGUUUCUUACAGUGUGGAGGGACUGGUUACUUGAAUGUGUCUCGUUUGUAAAUUAUGUUACUGGCAUAUGAGACCUGUUCAAACGAUUUAGAGAGAGAGCAAACAGAAAGAGAAUGUUUCUUACGGUGUGGAGGGACUGGUUACUUGAUUGUAUCUCAUUUGUAAAUUAUUUGUUUCUGGCAUAUAUGACCUGUUCAAACGAUUUAGUGGAUGUGCAAAUUGAAGGCAGACGGAAUUAUUUCUUGGG